UAGUCCGCAGAGUUGUCCGUAGAUAGUCUGCGGAGUAGCCCAUGGGGUAAUCCACGGAAUAGCCUGUAGAGUAGUCCUACGGACAACUCUGCGGACUACUCUCCGGGGCUCCGUGGAUUACCCCAUGGGCUACUCCGUAGACUAUCCUACGGACUACUCUGCGGACUACUCUACGGGCUAUUCCGUGGAUUACCCAAUGGCCUACUCCGUAGACUAUCCUACGGACAACUCUGCGGACUACUCUACGGGCUAUUUCGUGGAUUACCCCAUGGGCUGCUCCGUAGACUAUCCUACGGACAACUCUGCGGACUACUCUACGGGCUAUUCCGCGGAUUACCCCAUGGGCUACUCCGCAGACUAUCUACGGACAACUCUGCGGACUACUCUACGGGGCUCCGUGGAUUACCCUAUGGGCUACUCCGUAGACUAUCCUACGGACUACUCCGCGGACUACUCCGCGGACUACUCUACGGGCUAUUGCGUGGAAUACCCCAUGGGCUACUCCGUAGACUAUCCUACGGACAACUCUGCAGACUACUCUACGGGCUAUUCCGUGGAUUACCCCAUGGGCUACUCCGCAGACUCCGCAGGGGGGGGCGGACGCAGUGGAAAAUACGGUAUUUUGUAAACAGUCAUAGUGUGCGGAUUGACCGCAGCAAGCUACGAUUCUGCUAGCCAUUUUGGGCUAUAGCCAUGUUUUCUAUCUUCAAAACUGUACCAUUAGCCGUCUGGUGAGGUGGGCCUGUUUUAAACAGGUCCUAGGCCCUUGUUGCGUUUUUGUUGUGCUAGAAGUGAUAUUUUUGUCAAGAAAAGCAAUUUAGACAAUUUACUAAGUUUAU